AUGCUGGUUGAUUUGAACGUUAGUUGGCCUCAAAAAAGUUUCAAAGACGUUGUAAAUGCAGAACAAGUUGCUAAAGUGAGACACACGCUCUCGACCUUACAUUUGCUUGGGUAUACACAUGUUGCAUUAAAUUUCACAGUCAGUCAUAGUGACAAGUUCCCCAACAAUCCAAAGGAAUUGAACCCUCUGAAGAUAGAUGAAAGAUUUGGCGACCUAAUGAAAUCCACCGGUCUAAAAAUUUACUCUAGAAUCACUUUAAUCAUUGAUGACCCAUCUAAGGGCCAAUCCCUCUCCAAGAUAUCUCAACACUAUGAUAUCAUCGCCGCAUUACCAAUAAGUGAACGUGGUAUUACGCUAGCCACCACCAAUCUCGACAUUGACCUUCUCACAUUCCAUUACGGCCAACGAUUACCUACGUUUCUCAAACACAAGAGUAUUUGCAGCUGCGUAAAGCGUGGUGUCAAGAUAGAGAUAGUUUACGCCCAUGCGCUUCGAGACUCUCAAUCUCGCAGACAGUUUAUCUCAAAUGUGCGAAGCGUCAUUCGAAGCUCCCGCUCACGCGGUAUAGUCAUCUCUAGUGGUGCCCAAAGCCCCAGCGAGUGCAGAAACUUACUAAGUACCACUUGUCUGAUUAAAUCAUUGGGCCUGCCCAGCGAUAGGUGUUCGAAAGCCCAGGGCCAGCUCGCUUCGUUAGUUCUCCUGAACGGGAGAUUAAGAACCAAGAGUUACAAGCAAGCUGUCGUCGUUGGAGGUCAAGUUGUCGAAGAUCUGCAUACCAUAGACGACGCAAAAUGCAUCAAGAUCGUCAAGCGCAGCGACGCGGGUCCAGAAGCAAACCCAAGAAGCCCGAAACGGGCAAAGCUAUAG